GGCUGGACUUCCCGCGCCCGACCGGCCGUCAGCUGGCCUCUAGAAGAGGGGAGCCGACGCGUUCUGGGGACGCGGCUGGACUUCCCGCGCCCGACCGGCCGUCAGCUGGCCUCUAGAAGAGGGGAACCGACGCGUUCUGGGGACGCGGCUGGACUUCCCGCGCCCGACCGGCCGUCAGCUGGCCUCUAGAAGAGGGGAACCGACGCGUUCUGGGGACGCGGCUGGACUUCCCGCGCCCGACCGGCCGUCAGCUGGCCUCUAGAAGAGGGGAACCGCCGAGGUCUGGGGACGCGGCUGGGCUCGGACCGGCACGUUGGCAGAGCCGCUGGACUUCCCGCACGCGCCGGGGAGACAGCGACGCCACGUCCGGGUGAACAGGAGCGUGCUGAGUCCGGCAGGGAGCGGCGAGCUUCAGACACGGCAGGUGGAGAAGCGCUUGCCGCUGCAUCUUUCUCCGCUUAGAACCACGUCGUGCGGUGAGUGAGGUCCGGAACGAUCCGGCCUCCUCCCAGGUCGUCCGGGACCAGCGUGCGGACCAACCACCAUCAACGGACAGGAAGGCAAUGACCCGGAUUCAGUGUCCAUCGAGAGUCCGCGACCACACUGCAGCGGCUGAGUGCUGAACUGUGCCCCUACUCCUGCUCGGCGCCGACUCGGAUGGUGCACCCCGAUCAGGAGUUCGGAGAGAGUGACGUCCGGCUGGGGCCCGUGGAAAACAGGAGCAGGCGAUGGACAGAGACGAGAGCAAGAACGGAGAGCCAGCGUCCUGGGCAAGGGCCGACAGCCUAGAGGCGCGGCCCAGGUCCAGCUGGAACGGCACCACGCCCGUCCAGGCCAUGACGUCGGAGAUGGACAGCCUCCAGGUGUUCUCCGAUGAGAGGCAGACGGUCUCCAGCUCCAGCAGCAUGAACAAUGUGCCAAAAUGGUUCGACUCGAUGGUCAAGUGUGAGAGGACCUCCCGAUCGUCGUCCCAGGAGCGGGCGUCCAUGCGCACGGCGGAGCCGGCGCCGCGGGUGCUGGACCUGGACCUGGCAGGACCCGGCCGCCUGCGCACCAGCUCCGGCUGCGACUCGUCCAGCGGCCGACUCAACUCGCCGAAGGUGAUACCGGAGGACUGGCUGGACACGUUGCCGUCGCAGCCUCCCAUCUCGCCCAUGGCCUCCAGCCCCGGGCUGACGGGCGGCGCCGGCCGGAUGACCUCGCUGGAGGAGUCCUGGGGCCACCUGCAGGCCUUCAAUCGCCAGCAGCGAGGCCGCAUCAGCAGCGUCCAGCUGGACACGGCGGACGUCAUGCACAUGUACAUGCCGACCAAGGACAGGUGA